CUCUGAACCCCUGGGAGAAAGGGAGAGAAAACAGAGGAACCUCGCUGCUUCCGCUGCUCUUUCCCCAACUUUUGAUAUUUAAUACAGCCUUUUCUCUUCACUAGCAGCAGGACUCAAAGAACUAAAGAAGGAAGAGGGCUCUUUCAUCCUUGCCAAAGAUCUGCAGAAAAGACCCCAAGAGGCUCUUUCGAAAAAGUGACUUUUCCCCAGAGCAGCAAAUGGCAAGGAGUCUUCCUUUACGGCAAGCCUUUGUACCACUGGGACUGCUGUUCCUAGUCCAUGGAGUCCAUUGCUUUCUCUUGCCCAAUGCAACCCAAUGGGAAAACAUCCUCAGCAAAUAUCACGACGAGCAACCACACUCAAGGUCAAGAAGAGCCAUUUCCCAUUCUGACAAAGAAGAGAUCCUGAUGCUACACAAUAAGCUGAGAAGCCAGGUCUACCCUUCAGCAUCCAACAUGGAGUACAUGAGGUGGGAUGAUGAGUUGGAGAGAACUGCAGAGUCUUGGGCCCAUCAGUGCAUCUGGGAUCAUGGACCAGCCACCCUUCUCAUGUCUAUUGGACAGAACCUGGGGGUCCACUGGGGAAGGUAUCGUUCUCCGGCUUUCCACGUCCAGUCUUGGUACGAUGAAGUGAAAGAUUAUACCUAUCCAUAUGCCCAUGAGUGCAACCCCUGGUGUCCGGACAGAUGCUCAGGACCGAUGUGCACCCAUUACACCCAGAUUGUCUGGGCCACAACGAACAAAGUUGGCUGUGCUGUGCACACGUGUCCACGGAUGGACGUGUGGGGUGAGGUCUGGGAGAAUGCCGUCUACUUGGUCUGCAACUAUUCUCCCAAAGGCAACUGGAUUGGAGAAGCCCCGUAUAAAAAUGGCAGACCUUGCUCGGAAUGCGCACCCAGCUACGGAGGGGGAUGCCAGAAUAACCUCUGUUAUAAAGAUGACCAUUACACGCAAAAGCCCGAGACACCAGAGAUGAACGAGGUGGAGAUUCCUCAAGUGAUUGAGGACCAGCAGGUGUGGGUGCAGGAGAAGGUCCAGCCUCAGCCCACCAAGCGCGUGAAGGAGAAAAAGCCACCCAUGGUCGCUUACAUGACGCAAACAAUCAGGUGUGACACCAAAAUGAGGGACAAAUGCAAAGGAUCGACAUGUAACAGAUACUUGUGUCCCGCUGGCUGCUUGAACAGUAAAGCAAAAGUGUUUGGAACCUUCAACUAUGAGAGCUCGUCCAGCAUAUGCCGGGCUGCCAUUCAUUCUGGAGUGUUGGACAACCGAGGAGGUCUGGUAGAUAUCACCAGGAAGGGCAGAACAGACCUCUUCAUGAAAUCUACAAGAAACGGCGUUGCGUCCUUAAGUAAAUCCAGGCCUUCUAAUUCCUUCCUUGUUUCAAAAGUUGCUGUGCAGACCCUGGAUUGUUACACCACGGUGGCAGAGCUCUGUCCGUUCAAGAAGCCGGCCACUCACUGCCCAAGGUCAUACUGUCCAGCUUACUGCAAAGAUGAGCCAUCCUACUGGGCACCGGUGUAUGGCACCAAUGUUUACGCAGAUAGUUCCAGUAUCUGCAAAACGGCCGUACAUGCAGGGGUCAUCGGGGACAGUUCUGGCGGUUACGUGGACGUGAUGCCGGUGGACAAGAAGAAAUACUACACUGGAACGUUGAGGAAUGGGAUCAGAUCUGAAAGCUUAAAGACUCCAAGAGAAGGGAAAGCCUUCCGCAUCUUUGCGGUGAAGCAAUAAACAUUCAAGAAAGCAGAGCUCUUCCACUGGGAAGUGGGGACGGCACUGUACCUAAGCGACGGGAAGCUCAUACAUGAGGGGUUUCGUCCCGGCAUGCAGCAUGACGAAGUCCUCUUAGUCAAAACUCUUUCACAGAAGGAAUGGACGGCCAUGACAAUUGCAUUCUGACUUAACUAUCUGCGGCUCAUCAGCAUUGGAUCAGUGUUGUGUUACUAUUUUUACUUGCAGAAGUUUUGGUCAUUCAGCAAGCAUUGCGGGUUCUGAUUUUGAGAGAAGGGUGUUGGAUGCCCCACCUUGCCCUCUCUGUUCCCAUGCACAGCUUUGAUUACUCAAGAUCCAAAGAGUUCAGACUUGGUAGAACCCACUGCUCUCAAAGUGGGAAAGAGCAUAUUUUCAACAAAUGGGUGGUAUUUUAUGGAGGUGAAUGUUUGUUUUUUUAAAAUACACACCUGUGGUGUUGAACCUCAAGCCAGCAGGCCAAAUCCAGUCCAUCAGCAUUCCUUAGUUGGCCGUGCCCCUUUUCCCAGCCUUCCCGAUCCUUCCCCGAAACUAAAAUGGUUGCCCUCUUCAAAGUCACUCUUUAGACCUGGGCAAACCACCUCAAUGUGCUUCUUGGGAUCAUGCAUCCAAGUCGCUCUGGAAACACUCGAUUUGGGUCAAGGGAUGAGUUUGGUCUGUUAGGUGCAGUGUUGAAGCAAUGCGGUCAGGCAUUUCUGUGGAUAUUGGAAAGGCUGAUGAAGCUGUCCAAAAGCAAGCCACCUUGUGCAAAGAAUACUGGCUCUGGAAACCAGAGUUUCCUCCCCAGCCCAAAGAUCAAGGUAAGAUAGCUGGGUUUGCUGGCCAAACAAUUGUAGGACCUUGAGCAGGUGGUCGUUAGCAAGAAGUCACGGAAUUAGGACUCCUGUCCAGGCACAUGCUGAUCAACAGUAUGUUAAGCCGCGUUAUUUUAUGUAAUUAAAUGCAAUUUAUUUUAUUCAGCAGAGCUGGUUAUAUCCUCAUUAAGUAGUGAUCUCUAAGAGUUGGUUGUUAUUUUGUUAGAAGCGUAAGCAGUGUUUGCUUUUCAUUUUGUUUGUACAGAUUCAGAGCUUUGUUUCAUACUAUAUGUGAAACAAAGGGAUGUUGGGAGUUAUCCACAACACAUACAUUAUGCAAUACUAUUAGAGCAGGUCUUUUUCAUAUAUAUAUAUAUAUAUUUAUAUUUAUAUAUAUAUCACAUGCUGAUCUUAACUGUGUCUAUAGAGCAUAGUGUUCAAAUUUCAACCAGGUAUUCCAUGGGUUAGAGGUUACGAAUUCAUCAUCAAUUAAUUAAGGUUGAAUUGAUCAACCUUUGCAUCUCUCCAUAGCCAAGAUCCCCCUGUUUUGCUUGCUUGUCCCUGGUGGCUUUUUGGAUGUACUUCGAUUGGACAACGAGACUCACAAUCUCACCCGUCUCAUGAGCAGAGAACUAUUAUGAAGGUUCUAUUUAUUGCAAGUAGUCUUUUGCAGUGGACAGCAACUUCACGUUCAUCCUCCUUGGUCUUCUACUGUUGCUGUUCGGUGCCAUCACAUCGUCUCCAGCUUGCUGGCCCUAUCCAUGAAAGCUCUCCAGAAUGUCCUCUCCUGGUCCUCUAAAGCAGGCAGAUAAAGUGCUCCUCGGAGAACUGUUGCCCACAUGUGGAAUUCUGGACUUCAGAGACGGCUUGGGAGCCAUGGUGCUAAAUUGGUGCUACUCAGGGAUGGGCAGGCCCCUUCCAAACGGAUCGAUCUGCUCCGUGUCUUCGGAGCGCUAAGUCCUGCUGGGAGGCUAUGAUGCCAUCACCACAGGCCUCAGCUGGGAAGGCUCGGUCCCAUGGAGGCUUUCAAACCAGGGCACGCAUGCAAUCCCGAUCAUGUAUGGAUUUUGUUCCCAUUUCAUUUCGGUAGUGGCAUAGGGAGGAGAGAGUGAAGCCUUCAGCAAGGGGCCACAUCUCUUGCUUUGGUUCGUGGUGCCGAUGCCUUCACCAUACACCAGUGGUCAACCAAACCCUUGGCCAGGGUCCUCUCCCUCCCUGCGCCACUCUUCCCCAGACACCACUAAACUUGCUGAAACGGCAAUAAAUCAAGGCGUGUGUGUGUUGGCCACCAAAGUGCUUUCAGCAGCUGUGCAGUGGGGCACAAGCCACUACGUUCACAACACACCCCGACUGAGCUGAGCUUUCAGGCUCACUCAGGGCUCAAUGUUCGGACUGGAACGCGGGUCGUCUGGAAGGACGGAUCCGUGCAGUGGGGUGGACUCCUCCAAGCACUGGUGCCUGUGGCUUGGGCAGAGUUCAUGAGCCCUGGACAUCUGGGAUGGAACUAGUUCAUUGCUGUGAGAUCCCAUUGCUUAGUUUCUUCCGUGAUGGUGGGAAAGGAAGAAAAGCAGGGAAUAGUAUAUAUAGGCAUGGCCAUUUUUAUUAAAAUAGCGCUGGUGUGUACAAUCAAACAUCAAUAAAUAGAGAACCAAGGAUGGGUCCCAUGCUAUCUGUUUUUGAUGCAUACAUGUCUGCAUAGAUCUCAUCUGUAGGCAGCAACAGCCUGCGGUUUUUUGUACAUUGCUUUUUUUCUAUGAAAAAAGAUGUAUUUUUUACUAUUUCCUCUGUAAAAAAAGUGACUGUAAAUGGCUUUGUUUGGGCUUUGUACAAUCUUUUAAAAGGGCUCGCUUUCCGAUUUUUGGACCUCUUUGGGUUUCUGGCUUUCCCUCAGCAAAAGAAUCUGCUCCGCAAAAUAGCCCAAUUCCUUGCUAUUUUGGUUUAUGACAUUUGUGAAAAUAAAAUCGUUGCGAAUUCAA